AUCCUCUCUCUCUCUCUACCCAUCUCUCUCACCACCAGCCUACCACUAGCCACCACCGCCUCCACAGCCAUGAGCCACUACCGACUUCCAUUACAAUCAUUAAAAAGACGAAGAUUCUCACACCAAAAGCCCCAAUCCUUCUUCCACAUCUAGAACCCUAACUUCCCCGUUCUUUUCACCGACAGAUCUUGAAGCAAACAGAUUUGGGGGUUUUAGAUCUACAAGCGAUGGUGGUCAUCGUGGUGAAGACCGUUUAUGCGCGUGAUCGAGGAGGGGAGUCGGGUUCCUCCUUGAAGAAAUCUAGAGUUUUGAAAAGGGACGGCGGCGCGUGUGGAUGUGGGUUUUGGAUUAGGGAAAUUGUGUAUAUUUGUAAUUAUAACCAGAAAGAUAAAACUUUUAUUUAUCAAGAGGAAGGAGUGAAUGAUGCACCUACAUUAAAGAAGGAAGAUAUAGGAAUAGCCAUGGGAUCAGGAACAUCAGUUGCCAAGGGGACUCUCCGCAAAAAAAAAAAAAUGGCUGCAAUAAGAUUCUUCUCUCUCUUCGAAACCAACCCCACCGUCACCGCAACCGCCGCCGCUAACCUACUCUUCCGCCGCUACUCAUCUUCCUCCGCCUCCGUGUCAUCCGAUGAUCUCCAACACACCACUUCCGCCGCCGCCGGAGAUCCUCAGCCACAUCCGUGGCCUGAGUGGCUGACUUUCGUUGACCGACUGAAAUCCAAAGGUUACAUUAAUCAGGAAGGGGGAAAUGACGUUGCUUUGUAUAAAGAUAUGAGUGUUUUGAAGGAAGCUUGCCUCAGUUUCGGUCGUGAUCGGUUCGACUUGUUCAAGUCGUUAUCUAUGCAAGAUGUCCAAACUCUUGUAGAAAAGGGUUGCCCUAAUAUUAACCGAAAGACUGUUAACUCCGGGAAACGGUUACGAGCACAUCUACAACUUGAUGAAGGAGAUGCAUGUGGUGUUUGUGUUCUUCGUGGAUCGUGUGAUAGGGCAUAUGUAAUACUAAAAGACGUUGAAUCAUCUGCGCGGACUGUGGAUAUUGUGAGGAUAUUAUUGAACUAUGCACUCGAUCCGGUUGUCGGUUUGAGUAAGAAGCCUUUAGGGGCAGAUAUCGUUGAAGCAUCUGCCAAAAAAUUGCUUUUGGAGUUGACCACGCUUAGUGACACGAACAUUGACCCUGAGUUGCAAAGACCAGCAGCUGCACCUGUUGCUCGAAAGGCACCGUCUUUUCAAUAUGUGGAACGUGAUUCAUCACGGAAUGUUGAAAUGAAAAGAGGCGAUUGGAUGUGUCCCAAGUGUAAUUUCUUGAAUUUUGCACGGAAUACAAAAUGCCGUGAAUGCAAUGAAGAUGGUCCGAAAAAAGCUAGUGAUGAGGAUGUUGAAAUGAAAAAAGGCGAUUGGAUUUGUCCUCAGUGCAAUUUUAUGAAUUUUUCGAGAAACAUUAGAUGCUUGAAAUGCAAAACGGAGGGGCCGAAGAGGGUCGGAACAGAUGAUAUUGAAAUGAAGAAAGGAGACUGGAACUGCCCACAGUGUCGAUUUAUGAAUUUUGCAAGCAACACAAAGUGUUUACGUUGCCGAGAGCACCGUCCUAAGAGACAACUAAAUGCCGGAGAGUGGGAGUGCCCCUCGUGUGAUUUCCUCAACUAUGCCGGGAAUGUUGUUUGUCGGAAGUGCAAUGGUGAACGACCCAAUGACGUGGAAGCUAAAUACCAGUUCACCAAGUGACGCGGAAGCUAAAUACCAAAAGAAGAGUAUUAGAUAAACCCAUGGUUAUCCUGACCCGUUUUUAUGUUUUCCUGCCUCAGAGAUGCGACCGACACUUGAUUAUAUUGAGGUGUUUUUUGUGAGCAUACUUUAUGGCUUAAAUCAUAGUCAAUGCACUUACAAGUAGUUUAACAAGUGUUUCAUAAUGUUA